AUGGAUGACACUAGUACUGCAAAGAGAAAACGACUACAACCAGUAAAUCUUGGUAAUGAUUCUAAAAUUAAUACAAAUGGAUAUUCAAUUGAAACACAUCAACCAAACACUUCAAAGAGUUUUCAACAAAUAAUAGAAGAAGUUGCAAAUGACACUGAAAAACAUGUAAAACAACUUGUUGAAGAAAAAGAAGAAAAAAGAGAAAUGAAAGAAUUAAUGGAAGAAGAUAUUGAUAAUAACGAAAUGGAAGAAGAGGAUGUUAAUAUUCAACAAAAAGCUGCUAAAAUUGCUCGUGAAUAUGAAACUUGGAAAUCUAAUGCUAUUUAUCUCUAUUCAUUUUUAACUACUUAUGAAACAUCAUUUCCAUAUAGCACUACAUUUGAUUGGGGAAAUAUUGUAGAGAGAAAUAAUGAUAUUGCCAAACAAGAAUUUGUUUAUGGAACGAAUGGAGAAAAUGCUUUUGUAAUUAAAGCUUUUACCUCUAUUCCAUUAGGAAUAGUCAAACCAUCUCCGUUUGUAGAUGGGAUGGUUGGUGAGUUUAAUUGUAGUGAUCGUAUUGAUGAAAUUGCAUUAGUUUCACAUUCAGGAGAUGUAAGAAGAAUAAGAACAAUGCCACAAGACAAAAACAUUUGUGUGACAACAUCUUCUGAUGGGAAUUGUUAUAUAUAUAAUUUUAAUGAAACUGACCCACAACCAUGUAAACGUACUCCUGGAGGUGGGUUUGGUAUUUGUUGGUCAAAUCUUCUUUUAGGAACAUUUACAGUAUGUGAAGAAGGCAAUCUUCAUAUAUUUAACACAGAAGUAUCAGAAGGAAUUUCAAUAAAAAAUGUGCAUGAUUCUAUAAACGAUGUAUGUUGGAAUAAUCAAAGUGAAAUCAUGUUAUCUGUUGGAGAGGAUGGAAGAGCAUUAAUUACUGAUUAUCGUACAUUAAAGACUGAAAUAGAGUUUAAAGAAACACAUGAAGGAGAUGCUAAUGCAUGUUCAUUUGAUCCAAAUUAUUCAACACUGUUUAUUACUGGAGGGGGAAUUGAUGGUUUUGUUAGAUUUUGGGAUCUGAGAAAACCAAAUCAAGAACUUUGUCAUCUGUUUGGUCCACAAGAUGGAAUUAAUUGUUGUUGUCUCAGUUCAAUUAAUAAAGGGUUUGUUUGUACUGCAUCUAAAGAUCAUAUAGUACGAAUCUAUGAUAUGAGUAAAGUAGGAGAAGACCAAACAUCGAAUGAUGCUGAUGAUGGUGGAUCAGAAUUUUUAUUUGGACAUUCUGGACAUUUAAAUGAAGUAUUUGAUGCUUUAUGGAAUCCAGAAAUACCAUAUGUUAUUGGUACAUCUGGUGAUGGAAGAGAUAUUCAGUUCUGGAGACCAAUGGAAAGUUUAAUGAAAGAAGAUAGAAGUAUUCUCAAACCACAAUUUUUGAAACUUUGA